AUGAUUGUGGAUGCGCUGGUCGAGUACGAGCAGCCCAUCUUCAUCUACAUCCCCAAGCAUGGUGAGCUCCGUGGAGGAGCUUGGGUGGUAAUCGACCCGGCGAUCAAUCCGGACAAGAUGGAAAUGUAUGCGGAUGUGGAUGCUCGCGGAGGCAUCCUGGAGCCUCCAGGCAUCGUGGAGGUCAAAUACCGAGCGCCCCAGCAGGUGGAGGCCAUGCAUCGCAUUGAUGCCAAGCUGAAAGACCUGGACUCCAAGCUUGUGGGUAAGGAGGGAGCCGCAAAAGCAGAAGUGGAGAAGGAGAUCAAGGCCAGAGAAAAGCAGCUGCUUCCGCUGUACACCUCUGUAGCAACCACCUUCGCGGACCUCCACGACCGAGCUGGGCGCAUGAAAGCAAAGAACGUCAUCCGCGACAGCAUUGACUGGAAAAACUCGCGCCGAUAUUUCUUCUGGCGCGUGAAGAGGAGGAUGUUGCAGGACCACCUGAUCAAGCGACUUCAAAAAGCGGACCCCACGCUCAGCCACAAGGGCGGUGAGGCGCUGAUCCAGAAGUGGUCUGCAGAAAGCAAUGUUGACUUCUCCAGCGAUCAGAAGAUGGUCAGCUGGCUUGAGUCGCAGAAUGUUGAUGCCAGGGCGGACUCCAUCCGGUCGGCUUUCCUCAAAUCACAGAUUCAGGAGCUCUUUAAUCAGCUCCCAGCGGGCGAGCGCAGCGGCGUGCUGUCGACCCUGCGGGCGUGA